AUGGGUCCGAGCUCUGACAAGCAUGGUGCAGACCAUUGUCUCCCAACGAGCCCCUCCGCACGCGGCGCGGCCCUCGCAGCAACAGGAGACCCCCGACCCGGCCCGCGCGCCACUCCCAGGGCCUCCGGGCUCACCUCGAAACCCCACAACUCGACCAGGGAAGCAGAGGACACGGCGAGCCGCCCCGAGCCCGAGGCUCCGACUGCCGACUCUACGAACGCCCUACGGGCCCAGCUGCGCCUCGUCAAUCAAAGGCUUGACGAGGUACAACAGGAGGUUCGUAAGUCAAAAGGAGAACUCGGGGCGGACGGACACCAAGGAUCUCCGUUCACCCCCGAGAUACAGGAUCAGGCGAUCCCGCCGCAUUUCCGCCUCCCCUCCUUAGACACGUAUGACGGCGCGACCGACCCCGCGGACCACGUGGCCGCUUUUCGGUCUCAGAUGGCGCUAUUCGGGACUUCAGACGCCCUGAUGUGUAGGGCAUUCCCGAUGACCUUGCGAGGACCAGCCCGCGCGUGGUACAGUGGCCUGAAGCCAGGGACCAUCGCCUCCUUCGAUCAGCUCGCCAAGGAUUUUGAACUUAACUUCCUGGCGUACGCCCGACCGAAGCCGUCCAUGGCAUUGCUCUUAGGGCUCAACCAGAAGGAGGACGAGCCCCUUUCUCACUUUGUGAACCGGUUUACGACACAAAUACGUGGAUUGUCGGAUGCUCACCCCUCUCUCUUGAUGCAGGCCUUUAUGACUGGUCUGCGGCCCUCCAGGUUCUUCUGGUCGCUCGUGGAGAGGCCCCCCGUCGCGGUCCCCGAGAUGCUCCAACGGGCCAAUCAGUUCAUCGCCGCGGAAGCCUGGAUGGUCGGAAGGCGGGAGGAGCACAGAAAGGUCAAGAGCCGCCCCGACAGCAACAGCCCACCGCCUCCCGGCGAAAGUUGGACAGGCCCGACCCAAGGCCUCCUCUUCCCGCCUUGA